UGGCCCCCGGCCUCAAACGAUCGACACACUUGACUCGAACUUCUCACCCGUCUAACAGAUUCGUUUGCACUUCAUCGUGAAGCUGCAAUCUCUUUUCGAACACAAUAUUCUUUUGUCCUUCACGUGCUUGUACAGAAUUGCGAUCAUCAGCAUGGCUCUUAUCGUACGAUCUCUGCUCAUCAUACAAUGCGUAGCAAUCUGUGUUUCGGCUCUUGCACCAAGGAACGAGUGCCAACCUGCUACAUUCAAUAACAAACGCAGUUCCAUCGGAAUUUCGGCGAACAAUGUCAAUUGCAGGUAUACGACCAUGACUAGUAAACUAGUCAGCGAAUUCACCUGCAGUGAGAUCGUGCAGAAGUAUCAGAUCGCUCUGAGAGAUUUCCACGCUCUCAAUCCUGAAAUUGGAUCAGACUGCAAGAACGUUCAGCCAGAUACAGCCUACUGCGUCUUUGGAUUCAUGGAACCCCUGCGAGCCUGGGAUGGGAAAUGUGGCCCGAGUCACGGAAACGCCUCAUGCUUGGGAACUGAUAAACAAUGCUGCAACUCUAAGACAUUCACCUGUGGCAAUUCGCAGGAAGACUGCGCGACUGGUGUUUGCUACUCUGGAGCCUGCCAAAGUGCGCUUCAGUUUGGGUAUUCCCUCGAUGGUAAAUGUGGUCCAGCUCACGAUAACAAGAUCUGUGGUGGGGUUUGGGGAAGCUGCUGCAACAAGAAUGGCCAAUGUGGUUCAGGAGACGGCUUCUGUACCGACGAAAAUUGCUUUUCCGGAGAAUGUGUUCGCACACCCGAGCCUGAGAGACGCCCUGUGCCGGGGGUGCAAAUACAGGCACCAUGGCAGGUCGGUUCGACCCCAGACGGCACCUGCGGCGGACCGAAUCAUUAUACGUGUGAUGUGGUCUUUGGAACAUGCUGUGGGUCCAAGGGCGUAUGUGGAUCUGUACAACAAUGUGAUGAAGGCUGUCAAACGCGCUAUGGAAAAUGUAACAAUGGAUCGGCGGUAGUGUAUCAUGGUGAUUAUGGUCGCUUUUGA